AUGAGAGAGUUACUGUAUUACUUUUUUAAAAUUACAGAAUUGAAUCAGAUAAAGGCUUAUGGUAGAGCGUAUUUUGUUUAUUUAUUCAUAUAUUCUGGUCUUGAAUUCACACUGUCGUUCUUCACUCAUCUACGUUUUCAAUACGAUAGCAUGCAACAAGGUCGUAUGUACUUAAUAGCGGGUAUAAUAAUGAUGCUGCUGCAAGGUGGUUUUGUACGGAGAAUUGCAGCCAGUCAUCACCAUAACGCUGUUUUAAUUGCAAUUUCGAUCCUUAUUCCGGCAUUUGUUUGUAUCGCAUUUGCAUACACACAACAUUUGUUUUAUUGCGGACUUGUGCUAUUUGCAAUCGCAUCAGCCAUAGUGAUACCUUGCAUGACAUCGUGUGUCACCAAUUUAUCAUCAACAUCAGCAAGAGGUGCGACAAUCGGUGUGUUCCGAUGCAUCGGUGCAUUGGCUCGAGCUAUCGGGCCUUUAUUUGCUUCUACAGUGUUUUGGAUAGGUGGACCAUCAAUAUGUUACGUUUUGGGUGGUUGUGCACUUAUUGUACCGAUGCUGAUGAUCAAACGGGUGAAACAUGCAAAAACUUCGUGA